GCAAAGGAUCAUGGGAGAAUUCACUGUUUCAGCGCGUAGUAUCCCGCUUGCCUGUGAGCCAGCGCUCGUGACUCAUCUCCGCUCAUGUUUACCAUCUCUGGUCAUGUGAGCCGUUUACUGGAUAGCUGCUGACACAGCGCACAAACUCUCGCGAAAUUAGCCGCAGAUUUGACCAAAAUCCUUAUGCCAAGCCGUUUCCGGGUCAGGGGGAGGCUGGGGAGGACAAGGCGAAAGGCGGACUGAUGCCUGGAGAUAUUUUAUACUAAGGUCUAUUGAAGGUUUUGUUCACCACGGGUGGUGCAUAUUCUCAACAGUUAGCCGCACCGAGCUAACGUUAGCAGUCCGCUGACUGACUGCCCUGUCGCUGGUCACAUGAAGUGAAUUUAUCCGCGAAGGAAGGAUGGCGGAGCAGGACAGGGAUAUCUCUCUCCGGACCUCUCCGGAGGUUUCUGAAAGUUCUGGGAGGCAAAAUUCCUCCGAUGAAAACGGACACGCUGACAGUCCAGAUGAGACUCUUUCUCCAACCUCGGUGAUUUACUUCAAGGAGGCUUUAAACUCCUCCAACUUGAGGUUUGGAAAGGCUGGCUCUCUGUCACCCACUCCGCUUCGACAGUUCGACUUCAAGAUCGAAAGAAUCGACUCCAAACGCAGAAGUAAGUGCUGUCAAGCUUCAGAAAAGUAUGAAUAGCUGCCACUUCAUCCAACAUUACGCCAAUUCACCAUUUGUUGCUGAUGCUAGCGUGACAGUGUUGUUUGCCAACUUUUGACUCUCAAAACAACUUCCAGCCUCCCUCUAAUGACCCAAAAUACCUGCCAACAGCCAGGAAUGUUAGAACAACAACAGCUGCUGUCAUAUUAAUUUAUCCAAACCUUCAAAUGUGGUGGCAGACACGUAAAAAGAAAAGUUAAAUAGCCAUUUAAGUCAAUGACCUAGUUAUGGAGGCUUAGCCAACUUCAACAAGAUUUGUAAACUUCAUCCAGAGUCCCUGAGAGCAGUCCUCUGGUGGAUUUUCUGAGCAUGUCAUGUGCUGUUUUGACAGACUUGAUAAGCUGCUUUACAACGCUACUGGUCGCUGUUGUAGAGAUUCAAUGGUGGAUUUUUCAUCGCUGGUUUAUACAGAGAUUUGAAGCUUUUUUGUGCAGAAAGUGAGAGAGGUUUGGUUUGAUCAGCAACUUUAAAACAUCAAACUGCCAACAUUUGCGAGAGGGGCAGGUGUGCACCUGAUCAGAAAUGACAUGAAUGCAUAAGCCUCCACUUGUUUGCAUGCAUUAUCUUGAUUUCCUGCAACACUAUAUUGGAUUUCAUUUCUGUUAAACCAAAAAAUGAAUGACGGAGCACUCCCUGUAUUUCUGUGCUGCUAAGGCGUGUGUUAUGAAAGAUUUUGCAGAAAUAAAAGUAAAAUUGUCAGGGAUUGGAGUCAGGAUACCUGAUCCAGAGUAAAAUGAAUCAAAUUACAUGGUUUGUUUCAUGCUUGGCAAAGACACAAGAAAGAAGAAGAAAAAAGAUUGUGCUAUCUGAUGAUUAACUGGAGUACUGCUUGCAUUAUGUCCUUUGCAACCAUGUCAUAUUGGUGUCCCAUUGUGUGAUUUUACAUUGUGUCUAAGGGUUAGGUAUCCCAAAUAGAAGCAGUAGCUUACCUGAUGGGUAUGGAAAGGGUGUGUUAUAUGAUUGAAUAAACGGCGUGGUGGAAGGCAGAGUUUCCUUUGAAAACUCUCUUAGGGUGUUGCCAAAUAGAACAAACAAGCCCGACAUAGAACGCAGCAAGGAUAAUGUUUUAUCUGAAUGAUCUUGUUUUUAUGCUGACAGGAAGCCCAAAUGAAUUCAGUCAUUUGAAAUGAAAUUCAGUCUUGUGAAUCACAAAUUUGGUCAUAAUAUCUGCCUCAUAUGCCUGACCUAACAGAGACACACCUUUACCACAGCAGGGGUGUUAACGUUAUUAACUACCUCAGCUAGUGUUAGUCUAGUUUAAACUCAAUCUUAAAUCAGGAACUCGGCUAAGCUUGAACUGACUCAUAUGUAGUGCAGCCCUGUGCUGUCCUGCCAUGCUGGUUCAGACGUUUCACAUUGAUCCUGUCACAUCACUGUUGCUACCUCUGAUGCUGGCUCAUUGGCAGAACCUCUCUGUAACAUUUACAUCAAGGGUUAGCUCUUAAGAGGACAUUAAGUCCCGCCUUUAGUACGUAGUAUGUAAUAGUAAGUAUGUUAAAAAAGCAAUUUGGUUCUUUGUCAGUGGUUUUCUGCUGGUGCCCAUUCCCACCACUUAAAAACAGAAGAUGACCUGGCCUUCAUGAAAAAUGAAUCUGAUUUCAAAGUCAUAAUUGUAAGAUGAAAAGUCUUCAUCCUGAGAUACAAAGUCAAAAUGAUAAAAAAAGAGAGUCAAAAUUAUUGGAUACAGAGUUAUGAGUAAGGUCAGUAUAAUGAAAGUCAAAAUUAUGAGUGAUUGUGUCACAGUUUUGAAUUUUAUGUCAUUAGGUAUCUUAUUCCCUCAUAGUAAUGACUUUUCAUCUCAUGUCUAUGACUUCUAUGACUAUAUCUCAUUUGGCUUUGUAUGUUAUAUUUUGACAUUCUAUAUGACAAAUAUAACUUUUUUUCCCAUGGUUUUGACUUUUUAAUCUUAUAAUUGGGACUUUUUAUUCCAUAGUUAUGAUUUUCUAAUCUUGUAAUUUGGACUUUUUAUCCCAUCAUUAUGACUUUUUUAGUCUUCUAAUUUUGACUCACCACCUCAAUAUCAUACCAUUUUAUCUCAUGAUGACCCUGUAUAUUAUUAUUUUAACUUUUUACCCCACAUUUAUGACUUUGUAUGUGAUCGAUUUGACUUUUUAAUCUCACAGUUAUCACCUUGUACUUAAUUCCUUUUUACUUUUUAUCUCAAAAAUAUGUCUCAGUAUUUCUUUUUUUCUUCUUCUCAUUAACACCAAGUCUCCAUCUUUGGUGUGUUUUUUUACUGGGAGAAAUGGGCUUCCAUAGCUUUAAUGCUAUUAUUGAUUGAAAUGGUUAUUCCAUAAUGAUAGAUGAUGACAGGCCAGUAACUGCCUGAUUAUGUCAGCUAACCAGUGACAGAGUCUGGCUUUAGUCGCAGUGGUUCUUGUGGUUGCCUCGCAGUUAGAACUUCUUUAUGUCUUAAAUCUUAAUGCUGGCGCUGAGUGACAUGAACAGGAUGUUCUGUUUGCUUUGUGGAUGAACCUCGUAAUGUGAUUAUACAGUUUCUGUCUCCCUGUGGCUGAGAUACACAUACUUUCUUUAUCUUCUGAAUGGCAGCCACAAAUACCCUGAGGAAACUGCACCAAAAUAUCAUCAUUUGUGGUUCCUCUGUGUUUUCAUGUAUCACUGGGUUUUCCCAAAAGUGAAUACAAUUGACUCAUUAAGCCUUUACCCUUAGAUCAGUCAGCCUCAUCAUGACCCCUUCCACUGAUUUUCCCAGCCCUGUGUAUCAGGUCAGAGGACACUGUUGAUGCUUGGGAGACAGAUGAGUCCUCUGCUGCAUCAUUAGCAUCGGCUGGGUACUCAAUGGACCCCCCGUGCCCCCUCCCCCCUCUUUUUUUACGCAUGCACCAGCUGCUCACGUGACAGUGUGUUGCUGUACCCAGCACUACUGUCAGCCAUCUUGGUCGACACCCACCCUGUGCAUUCACUGCAGCACAGCACAGACAGUCCAAUCAGAGCGAGCCGGUGCUGAGCAGAGCGGAGGAGGACUGUGAUUUCCAGCACGGUGCUCUCCUGCAUUUUAAAACCCCCACAGUCUGCACAAAAGGGAUAAUAAGAGGGUGAAGAGGAGAAGGAGGAGGUGUUGGAGGAGAGGGGCAGGGCAGCCUUUCUCAAGACCUGUUUCUGUCAGUUGUAACAGAGAGGAGGAAGAGAAGGAGGAUGCAGGCAUAAAGAGGAGGAAAAGCAGCACCAUUUAAACACCUGCUGGAAGCUGCUGCAGGCCUUCACGUCUUGGCCUUCUUAUCUUCUCUGGUUUCAUGAUCUCUCUGUUUUCCGCUUCUUUCUGAGCUGUGAUUUUUUUGGGAGCCUCCACCGGUUCCCGGAAACAAAACCUACUGCUCCUUUUUUCCCCUUGGUGGUGCUGCUCCGGCCUGGCAUCAGCUGAGUCAUCAUGUCUGAUCUGACGCCUCAGAGCGAAACCCCGACUCCCACCACCGACAAGAUCACCCAGGCCGCCCGGGAGACCAUUUAUCUCUGCAACUUUCGCGUCUCUGUCGAUGGCGAGUGGCUCUGCCUCCGCGAACUCAACGACAUCUCCCUCACCCCAGACCCAGAGCCAGCCCAUGAAGGUAAUGUGACAGAUUAGCUCAGCGUCCAAGGAGGCUUGUGGACACAGUGGGAUCUCUGUUAGGGCGUGGUGAUACACAGGAUCCACAGACACAACAUGCUUAUUCAGUGAAGUGUGGUGAUGUGUGCUGUCCGGGCGGUUUUAUGGUGCAUUCAGGGGGAGACAGUUCGAUGUCUGAGAUGACGCUGCGUGUAAAUAAACAAGGGAUGGGUGACAAAACAACCAGGAAGUGUCCUGAGAGCGUAUUAGCUCGCAGUAAACAAGCACAAGAGUCUGUGCUUUUUCAAGACGGCAGGAAAACAGUUUACACAGAUCAGAUUUACUCCUAUUUUGCUUGAAGAUGCAAAAUGCAGCUAUACUGGGCUGAUUUUAAAUGUGUUUUAAAGAAAUUGUAGUUUGACAUUCAAGCGUAGCCGCUGUGAAGAAGAAAACAUCUUUUGUAUGAGCAGGAUAUCCCUGUCCUCAUCUGCUGCCACGCCUUCUCUCAGGAUUUGCAGAUCCAGAGGGGGCAGAUCAGACCUCUGUUUUUUGGUCAGUUGGCAAAUAAAUCACUGCAGCACUUCAACCUUCAGCUCUAAAGAAACUACACUUAUUCAUUCACAAACUCUUGACUUAAAUGCAGCAAGUGAAAUGACUGUGUUUGGUAUCUUAACUGGCUUUUUAUCAACUGGUGUAUCCUAUUUAUGCAUGAGCUUCUACCCCCACAACUGGAGUCUUUCAUUUGAGAGCUUGAUGCAGGUAUUCCUCGAACCUUCACUAAAAUGUAUCUUCAUUCAAUGACUAUGUUGACGUCUGUGUUGUUGUUGUUGUCAUGACAGUGACUGUGUGAGGUAAUCGAACUCCGACUUUUUCCGUCCUUUACUGAGAAUGAAGUGAGUAAAUGGUUGAGGCAUCAACACCCUUGACUAUCACAAUAAUAUGUUUUCUCGUACUCCAUGGAUUCUCUAAACACAGAAAGCACAGGUCCAUGAGACAGGCUGUUAUAGAUGCCACAGUGUGGAAGGGUUGUCACAAUACCUGAAUUUUGAACUUUGAUACAGUAAGAGUAAAAAACAAUGAUACCGAAGUCUGUUUUGGUACCAUGGCAACAAAAAUGGAAGUCCUGGGCACCCACAGUUGGGUGGUUUUCUUUUUUUUUAAUGAUCACCACUCUGCAAACUGCACUGAUUCAGAGAAACUCAAUAUUUGUCAUACUAAUAAGUAAUAAGUAUCUGCAGAGUCUUGGUAGUACACACCCCAGACUUCACUUUAUUUCAUUUAGUAUGAAUCAAAUGGAAAGCUUUCUAUUGUCAUCAUCUAUACAUCUUACCGAAAACAAUCAAAAACGUAGGAACCUUUUCUCCUCUCUUCCCUUUUACAAUAUUGAAGGUUAUGAUUGUGGGUUUCACAUAGGUGUUAUGAUGAAGGUUAAAUGAUGCUCCCAAAGCAAACACACAUUUUUACCAAUCAGAUUUACAAGUUUUAUUAACAUUGAAGUGAUGUAAGCUUGGAAGUUUUAUGCGUCAUGUCUGUGCAAACACAAAGUAUAAAGCUGAAUGUAUAAUUUAAACAGAUGCUGAAAGGUAGGGAUACUAGUCUGGACUGAAAGCGUCUCUGUGUCUACCCACAGGCAUAAAUAAUGGAUGACGCAGAGACGUAAAGAUGGAGCCAGGGCUGCAGGAUGAAUCAGAAUAUUACAGAAAUCAUAACCUGGACAAGUGAUCUAUCAAACACCUCAGGAGCUGAAACUUUUUUGAAAAAAGUAGAAAAUACUCUCAUCUGUGUUUUUUUGAGUCAGUAUGGCGAUGCAGAGAUGACCUUGAAUAGCCUUCCAACUGAUGAGACAAUGUACCAACUAAACAUCGUCUCAGUUUUAUCCAUAUAAUAUGAUCUUUAUUAGGGCUAACAGUCGUUUAAAAUGGGAGUUAUAUUUAAUCAGCUUCAGUCUGACCACCCCCACCCGCCCACCCAAGUUCCUCCCCUUGUGUUGUGAACAGAGGGAAGGUGUGCUCUCCUCAGCUCAGGCUUUGGCAUCCUAUAUGUGCAUCUGGAAGGGUAGCUCUACCUUGUGGGUCUUUGUUACCGCUCCCCCUGCUUUAGCUUUUUAUGUAUGUAUGUGAAACAGAGGGGAGGUGUGCUCUUUUAAAUACAACUUAUUGCAUGCAUACAAAUUAUUCUAUGUGGCAAAAGUGGUCCAGACUUAAAUGAGGUCAUUUUGGUACUGAAAGUCAGUUUAAGGACUCAGUUUUACAGAUCAAACGGAUUUUUCCUCCAUGUAACUGAAGCCGAUUGGUUUAGCGUCCUUUUCUUGUUAUUUCCACAUCAAGGCACUUGAUUUUGCUUUAUUCUAAGAAGAGCAGAACUGAAACUUUUCUCUUCCUUGACAGCGCUGGAUAAAUUUAGCUCCUGAGUCACUCCUGCUACAGUCUGUGUCACUAUCAUCAGAUCUACAAGAAUGCCUUUUAUUUCCUCAUGUUUGAUCUAUUUUCAGAUCCCAAGGACCCCAUCGCAAUCGAGAGGCUUAACUUGAUGAACAUGGCCAAACUGAGCAUCAAAGGCCUGAUCGAGUCAGCGCUCAACCUCGGACGCACGCUGGACUCUGACUAUGCACCUCUGCAGCAGUUCUUUGUGGUGAUGGAGCACUGUCUGAAACAUGGGCUCAAAAGUAUGUACAGCAUAAUGUCCAUGUUCCUGUCUCUAAUUCCAGGAAAUCCAGAUUUGACAUGUUAAUUUGGACAUUUCAUGCAGUUCUUAGACCUAACUUUUUUGGAGUUAAAGGAAUUAUUUACAAUGGUAGUACCCUGCCUUUUACUCAACUACUUAUACUCAAACAAAUCAAUAUCCUGUAUGACCUAACCCUAACCCUAAAUGAAACGGCUCAAAAAUAUUUAUCCGUCUCUGAAUCUUCAGCCAAGAAGACCUUCCUGGGGCAGAACAAGUCAUUCUGGGGGGCGCUGGAGCUGGUUGAGAAGCUGACACCUGAGGCUGGGGAGAUCACUGCCAGUGUAAAAGACCUGCCUGGCCUCAAGUAAGACAGUUUGAUUGGUUUUUUAAAGAAAGAGGACAGAUUUCUCGUAGUCAUUACUUCAGAUUGAAGUGUAUGUAACAGCAGUCUUUUCUUAGUUUUUGUGCCUUAACAAAGCCAUGAAGUUGUCACAUAGUUGAAGUUGUGUUCUGAGUGCUAUUUUGUGUCAUUACAGAACUCCUCUAGGAAGAGGACGAGCCUGGUUACGGCUGGCUUUGAUGCAGAAGAAACUUUCAGACUACAUGAAGACCAUCAUCAACAGAAAGGACCUGCUCAGGUCUGUUUGGAUCACUGUGUUUUGUGACUCAGUGAAACUUGGCUGAGAAUAUUUCUAACCUUUUCUCUUCUCUGCAGUGAAUUCUAUGAGGCCAAUGCGCUUAUGAUGGAGGAAGAGGGAGCUGUGAUUGCGGGGCUGCUUGUUGGGCUAAAUGUCAUUGAUGCCAAUCUGUGUAUGAAGGGAGAGGACCUGGACUCUCAGGUGUGUUUUUACUCUUAUUUCUGCCGUCAUGCAGAGCUGUAGAAACACCCAAAAGAAAGCCAGAAUCAAAUAGAAGAAGUGUUAUGGCGUGUUCCAUCUGCCCCUAUUGUCAGCAUUGUCCAGGCAGUAACAGCACACUGUGUGACAGGUUGCAUGUGAAAGCAACUCGACAGCAUUUCCACAGAUAAAACUUGCAUCAGUGUGAUUGGUUAAAUCAGGCAAAACAAGACAAAGGGCGCUAUUAAACUCCAUUAAAGCUCCUGUGAGGAACUUUCGCUUUGUGUUAAUGUUGAUGCCCCCUGUCGACAAAGCAGUCUUAGCUUUUAUCGUCAAUUAUCCAACAUGCAUCCCAGAUCAAAUGGAGCUCACCGUUACACAUGAGGCUGCAGAAUACGAGGUCUUUUGGACCCUUGAAUGAGGUGUUGAUGUCAAAACCACCCUUGGUGGUUUCACUCUAGUUAUGAAACAGACCAAAUUGAUAGUGAUGCCUCUAAGUGAGUUGGAGCAGCGUAAGGGCGCAUCGGCAACAAGAGUGAUCACUUCUUUGAAGUUAUUUUUAAUGCCUGAAACCGCAGCUACAGGAUAAGUGUCAGACGGAGUGAUUAAUAGCAUGCUGCAGCCUCAGUAGCUUUAGUAGAGAUGCUCUGAAGCAACCGCUUCCACCAGAGACAGCCUCCAUAUGACUGUGUGUCCAUUUUCCCCUUUUUUAUUCUGCUAUUUUGAGAAGAUAGGACUGUGGAUAGAGCAGGAAACAGGUAGGGAGAGUGGGGGGUGAUGCCCUCCACUAACUGGGGCUGGUGCUGCAGAUGGACUCAACAUAUAACUGUAAUUUCUGGCCUAUAAAAGUAACAAUAAUAAUGAUCAAAAUGUUGGUUAUUUGUUUGAAUCUGGUCAAGACUAGUGAGGCUGAUGCCACUUGAUUGUUUACUGGACUAAACGUGCACAUCCCCAUUGCUGAGCGACACAUUUGGCGGCUAAAAGAGAGCAGGAUGACAUUUUCGUGAAAAAAUAAACACUUCUAAGACAGACAAUACAUCAGAUCAAGUAAGCAAAGAGAGUGAAAUGUUCAGAUUUGUAUUAAGGUUUGGCACAGAUUGAACGAUCCUUACAAUGGCUUUAAAUUUGAGUGUGAAAUGUUCCAUUUUUCUGUUAAACUUGUGAAAAUAGAGCCUCAUGUUUGCGUGAGAAUGAAUAACAAACGGUUCCUUUGUUCUAGUAGCAGUUGUACAAAUGAGAAGCGACCGCCUCAUACCUAAUCAGGAAUCUCAGUUUCAUGCUGGUAAUAGUAGUCAUUCUGGGAGUGACGCCAGGAGGAUGGGGAGGAUUGGCAGAUUUCCAUUUUGUCAUCAUAAGCUCAAUAAACAAGUGUUGUUCUCCAUACUGUGGAAACCUCUCCAUGUCUUCAUCUAAAGUUAUACACACUGACUAAAAAUGUAGUAAGCCUGAAUCAAUCAAAGCCAGGUUCUUACUGUUUCAUAUUAAAUAAAAAGUCCAGUGCGCAUUUUAUAUCCAGGUAUGUUUUUUUUAGAUCUAAUUAAAAAUAAAGGUCACAGUAUGUUUUCAGUUCUCAUUGAUUUUCUGUCCUUUGUUCAUUUGUUCCUGCAGGUCGGGGUGAUUGAUUUCUCCAUGUACCUCAAAGAUGGAGGACACAGCAGUAAGAGUGCAGAGGGGUGAGUGCAGCCCUCCUAACCUUUCAUCACACUGAUUUUUGUUGUAUAUGUGCAAAACAUGAUAACUGUUUAAAUGCUGAGUUACCAUCAAGAUCGUCUCAUGGUGGUUGUGAAGUGCUACUGUAAGUUGUCUUAUCGUCUUCAUAAUGUCAGAAUUCUUUCAGUCAUCAAAGUUAUUGCUGAGUAUGAAGGAAUAGUUGCAGCUCUUCUGAUUAGAGAUGAUCCAGAGUGACCUACCUUAUGUCAUGCCUGUGCUGGUCAUGUCAGUUUCAAUAGAUACAGCCUACUGAUGACUUAAUCUCCAUUUUCGCUGCACUAUGACAUGCUAUCUGUCAUCUGUGCUUGUUUACAUCCAGGUAGUAGAGUAUUGUGUCAGUAGCCGUUAGCCGGAGCUACAGGCCCUUUAAGUGACAGCAUUUUAGGUCUACAAUAAUUAAGGUAUUAAAAAAGUAGUUGAACUGUCUAGUAACACAGCUGGUAUUUAAUACAGAAAAGACUUUGAGCAGACUAAAAGAGUUCAUGUGGACAAAAUCUCAGACUCUGCUUGAUGUUUCCUGUAUUUUGAAACAUGAAUUUUUAGUUAGUUUACAUCUAAUUUUCAUGUUUCAGCAUGAUUGUUUUGCUUAUUUUAGGGAGGGAAACUUGAGUGAACACCACACUGACUCAUACCUGCUUGUGUUUGCAUACCUCCAUUUAUUUUUUAUAGUAAAAGUGAUUAAAAAGAAGCGUUAUCUGUGACUUUAGGCUCAUUGCUUACUGUGUUUUCCUACACUACCUCUCCUCUUUUUGCUGACUGUUGUUUCACACGUGUCCCUCUUCUCCCGCUCCUUCAGCGAUGGUCAGAUCACAGCGAUCCUGGAUCAGAAGAACUAUGUGGAGGAGCUGAACAGACAUUUAAGGUCAGUCAGUUGUUUUCUCCUUAAAGCAGCUUGUUUAAAAGGACUGAUGAUUUUCACAUCAUCAAUUUUUCUGCCUGUCUACAGCGCAUCAGUAAACAACCUCCAGGCCAAGGUGGACGCUCUGGAAAAGUCCAACACAAAGCUAACAGAAGAGGUGAGACACAUCCAGCACUUACAGUAGAAGUACUUUCUUUUUCAAGUGUCUCCAGCCUCUCUGUUUCUGUGCAGCGCUGCAGUAUUUAACGAUGACAGACUCACUGCUGUCUUUUGUCUCCUCAGCUUGCAGUGGCAAAUAACCGGAUCAUCACUUUACAAGAAGACGUGGAGCGAGUCAAGGAGGAGAGCUCAUAUCAUCUAGAGUCCAGAAAGGUGAAUUUAUCACACAUUUGCCCAUUUUACUCAGAGAGUGAGUACGAUACAGUAGUCCUUCCUGUAUCCUUUACUUGGUACUAUUUCAUCAGAAAUGUCCUCUAGAUGCUGCAGUUUGAAUAUUUCUGUGUGGUAAUGGCAAAAUAGUUAUUCGAUAGGUUAAUAUGUUGAUGUCAGCACAAGUCCAGCAAAGCCUGAAAAAGCCAAGACUUGACCACUGACACUACUCAAAAGCACGAGCAGCCUCUUCUACUCUACACUGAGAGGAAAGCAUGGAACAAAAGGAAAAUAGAUUAAUGAAAAAAGGAAAGUCAUUUAAGCAAGAUUUAAAAAUGUUCAACCUCUAAAAGAUCUUUCUAAUGUUAGCCUUAAAUGCUUCUAAAACAGAUAAAUAAAUCGUGUUUUCCAGACCUGUACUGUGUAAUUCUAUCAUUUUUAUUCUUUUUCAGGCAUCAAGAAGCGACUCAGUAGCAGACGGACAAGCACUGGGUGAAACACGCAAGCAGCUCAAAGAGGAAACUUCGCUUCGAUUGGUAGGUUUCUUAAUAGUUCCUUUUAGCUCCAAUAUUUUUAUUUAGAUAUUGUCUCAUACUGUUGUCACAGUGAUACAAUUAAAUGAUGCUCUACUGUUUAGUGUUAUAAUUCCUGUAGGAAAUAGACUGUAACUGUGUAAAACUGACUGCCUGUGCCUGGCGCUGUAGGUAAUGUGUGUGUGGUCUUCAGGUCCUAUUUCUAAAGUUUAAACUGUCUUCUCUGCAGGAUGUGGAGAAAGAGCUGGAGGUGCAGAUCGGGAUGAAGCAGGAGAUGGAGUUGUCGAUGAAGAUGCUGGAGAAAGACAUCUGUGAGAAGCAGGAUGCUCUUGUGGAGCUGAGACAGCAGCUGGAAGACCUCCGUGUCAUCAACCAACAGCUCAGCCACAAAUCACAGGUGAGGCUGCGGUCCUGCUUCUUUAACUUUACUAUAUGAGAAAAAAUACGGACAAUAAGGUUUUGAUUCUCGUUUAUGUUUUGCUCUAAAGCAGCAAAUACAGCUGGUGAUGCACUGCUGUGACAUUCUCUGCUAGUUCAGACUUCUUUAAUGGACUAUGGUGUGUCUUUAUUGUCCUGGUCUUAGAAGUUUACCCACUGCCAAAGACAUCUAGCUUUAAUCUCUGACCUCUGAAUUAAAAAAUUUCAAAUUUCAAAUUAAAGCUUUGAUCAAAGAUAUCCAGAGUCAGUUGCUUAAAUAAAAAAUUCUCUCACGUUUGAGUAAUUUGCAUGACAGCAUCAAGACUGCUAUUCUCUAAAUGGCAAAUCACAUUUUUUGAACCCAGUGUUGAUUGAGGUGUAUUGUUUGCUUUCUCAAUUUGCAUUUGACACCAUUGAUCACUUUAUUCCAGCUCAUCGUGUAAAAAAAUGGGUUGUUUUAAACCUUAGCUUCUUCUAAAUUUACCCCUCCUACUACCUGUGGUGUUCCUCAAGGCUCCAUCCUCAGCCCCCUUUUGUUGUACUUUUUCCCUGUGCCACAUAAGGAAAACUCAGUGACAUAAAACUCAGCUCAGCAUCAGAACUUUAAAACACACAAAGACCACACCCUGGCUGCAGUUGCUCUAGUUAUAGAAAAACACACAACAACACAGAACUGCAAAUUUUGGUAUGGCACUAUUGUUCUAUGCACUACUAAGUGUGUUGUUCUUAUGCUUUGAAAAGGGGCUUUACUGAUACAGCAAAUAAAGUUCAGAGGCUGAAUAUUUGUUUUUUUUUGCAUUGUUGAUAUCUGUGAUGUUGUUUUAUUGUAAAGUAGGUCUAUGAUCACUGUUACACAAAGCCAAGACUUGACAACCUUAAAAUAAGGCAAAAUAAGCAUCAAUUACAUUUCUCAGCACAGUUUCUAAAGUAAAAACCUUACUUUUACAAUAUUUAUAUUGUGGCUAUGAAUAUUAUAACAAUGUUGUAUGCAGAGGGAAAUCAACCCUCUAAUAGUCCCUUAUCUUGUCUAAUUUUGACCAGGAAACCAAACUUGAUAGUCGUGAAUACUUCUGCCAAAACACAAAUUGACCAGAGGACCCAGAGUCCUCCAGUUAAACUGUGAAUAAAACAAACAGCACAGACUGAGUUCAUGCUUUUUACCUCAGAGCGCAGAAGCAAGCUCCAAACAGAAGAGUGACGCCAUCGCUCGCCUGGAGGAGAAAAUCAACCAGAUGACGGGGACUGUAAAACAGCUGGAGUCGAGGUAAAAACACUUCACUGCAGACAUGAUUACGCUAUCAAAAAGUUCCAGCUAUUAUUUUUUAUUUUCUCCUGAAACCACAGCCUUUUAAUAUCAUGUUUGUUACUUUUCCCCCUCCUCUUUCAUUGCCGUUUUCCUUCAUUAUCAUUUAAAUCAUCAAAUCAACAGUGAGAAACAUUUGGUGAAGCAGGCCAGAAACCUGAACUCAGCUGCAGGAAAGCUGCUCCAGCUGCAGCAGUAGCAGCUCCCACCCCCCGCCUUCAUAAAUCUGAUUACAAACAUCCAACCCUGCCUAAUAUAGACAUAACCAAACUAGGAUGUUAUCUUUUCUGUACGAUGCUCCUUUGUUGUUGAAAAUAAAGAAAAAAAAUCCCACGACCUCCUGCAGUGGCUCUCCAGCAUCAGCUUUGAGUAGUGUGGACUGAAUUUAGCAGCCUUUCUUCCUUGUGUUCUCUGAAUGAUGUGUUUGCCACAUCAGGUUUCUACUUUUCUUUGUAGGCAUUUCUUACAGAUACCCCAUUAAUGCUUUCAGGCAAAGGUAAAAGGAGAAGACCAGGGGAGAGUCCUGCAGUGGACUAUUUAAAAUAUUACUGUGUUAGGGGACGUGUCCUGGAAAUGUUGGAGGUAGAGGACUUGCUGUCAUGUUAUCCAAAGAAUUCAACAACAACCAGAGACUGUGCUUAAAUAUUUCAGCCAUCCGAGUCCAACAACAUUAAAAAAAAAAGAGCAAACCUGAACUGAUGUUCUGUGCAGGACAGGAGCAAGAUCAAGUGAGAAGAAAAGGGCAAAAUUAAUUUAUUAAUUUUGAAUUGUAUGUGAACAUAACAUUGGUGUAAACUGUAGUAACCAUUAGGCUAAUAAAAGAUUAAACAAACGCAGCCUGCUUCAUCGUCUUUUGAUAGAUCUUCCUCAUCGGGUUUCAGACUCUUCAUCCUUCAAUCUUCUUUUCUGUUUUUCAUUUAAGUUGUAGUCGACAUCCCUUUUAGACCGCUUUUCUUUCCAUCGAGUUUUUGUUAGUUUUUUUUAUCAUAAGUUUUCCUGACAUCCCCCCCUCCCCAAACCAGAUACAAACAGGCCGAGAGAGAGAGGGAUGUGGCGUUUGAGGCCAACCGGCUCUUCAAGCAGGAGUUUGGAGACAAAAUCGAGAGUCUGCAGGAGGAGGUGGAGCAGCUCAGGAAGCACAGGUAUGGUCUCAAGAUUUGUUAUGGAGUGCAGAAUAUUGGUAAAGACUUUUUUUUUUUUAAGAAUAUGGUUGGUCUGUUUUAUAUUUUUUCCUUUUUGCCAAGAAAUGAGGAAAAAAGAUACAAGACUCUACCAUAUGGUCUGCUUCUGUACAGCCGGAGUCUCUAAGAUUUUUCCUCUGUGUCACUUAGGGCUCUAUUUUUGUGAAAAAAUAUAUAUAUAAAAAAUCAUCAGUGAUUCACACUGCUGCACUAUUUAAAAUCACACAUACACUGUAGAUUUUAUUUUUGUCCCAUGUACCAUUCUGCGCCCACAAGUUCACACAGCUGAGAAUAGUCCCUGAAAACAGAAAUUCCCCCUCACAUUAGCAUUAAGAUAUAGAGACAAAAGUAAUCAGACUACUAAACCUUCAAAAUAAGAAAACAUUUGUAAGUAUUUUUAAAAACUGCAAGUGUUUGGCAUCUUGGGCCUUUGAAAUUCUGCAGGGAGUCAAAUCCAGUUUGUAGCCAUGCCAGCAGGAGAUUGUGUCUUUGUAAAUCUAGCAGUUCACGUUUGCACUUUCAUAUCUGUCCCACAGGGAUGUGAUAUUAAUGUCCCACUGUGUGAAUUCAUAAUGCCUCAGGACAUCAUGGUGACCCAGUGUUGCCCCUGUACUCCGUUCUGCUUUCUGGUGCUGGCACAGCACUGGGAUGAAUUGGUCCAACCAUCACCCCUCUGUAUCACUCACACUGAAUGAGAGACAUCACAGGGGAAUAAAUAUCACCCUGAACUAGAACUACUACAAGAGUUACGGUAAUCCGGGGGUUUACACGGAGAAAGAUUUUAACAGAAGUAAUAGCAAACACCCCUCACAGAUUAAUGUUUACAUCUUAUUCUUCAUGGAAAGAUACUUGCAGGUUUGCCCUGAAAUGACAGACACUUUGGGCUUCACAUUUCAGAGAUGGGGACAAAUCAAACCCAAGAAAGAGGGAUAACUCAAGCCCAUUCAAGAAAGAGAGUUACUGAAGCUCUGAGUCAGUUACUAUGAAAACUGAGUCUAUGAACCUGUUCCAGUUGGGAGCAAGUUUUCUUCAGCAUACCCUGAGUUUUUUCUAAUUUCCUCCGGCUUAAAAGACCUGAGAAGUUUCAUUUCCACAUUUAUUUAGAAGUCUGUAUCACAUGAUGUUUAAACCUUUGAUAGGUUUAUUAUAUCGAUCUAAUUUAAAGGUACCAUUUUUUAAAUUAUCUUUGUGACAUUUAACUGAAGAGCAGAGAGCAGACCCAAACUGCUGACUUCUGCUUGGUCCUCUUAUUUGAAUAUCUAGUCAUUUCUGAUAAAGUGUUGCGUGUAGGAACUCCUGAUCACCUCAGUUUGUUCUCCCUAAAGGUCGACUCUGGAGAUGGAGCUGAAAAAGGAGCGAGAGCGGAGGGCAGAGCACCAUCACGAUGCUGUGUCAGCUCAGUCUGGCGCUCCUCAGAGGAAGAACUCGGAGAACAUACCAAAGGUAAACUCACACUUCGAUAUCAGCCAUCUUUCUGUAUAGCUGUCAUCUUUGUUUUCAUGCAAUGUGUUUUUUUUACCCACAGCAUCACAGUGGAGCAGAGGACAAAACAAGUCAGAGCUCUAGCCUGUGAGUGCUUUAAAUUAUAUGUAUAAAAAUUGGAGGAAAUCCUGUUUGAUUCCUUGUCCUUUAACAAGUCACCCUUUUUCCCCCUUUCAGGUCCUUAUCACACCAUGAGGAAGAACAGGUGAGAUCUUAGAGGCUCUAAAAAGCAUGUUUCUGUAUCACAGCACAGAUCUGCUUAUGAUAUGUUUUACUUUGAAAAUAUGGGUCAAACUGAAUUUAAUCAAAGUAUUAUGGCGGGGUCAUAAAGUCAUGAAUACAAAUUUAAUUACUUCUCAUGCGAACAAGGAAAGAGAUAACAGCUCGUCUUCAUGAUGGUUUUGUUUUUUUGCAGGAGGAGACACUCGUGGAGAACCGUCAGCCGACAAUCUGCACCAUGUGUGAGCAGGAGGACUCUCUCCUGAAAACAAAGGUACAAAAGUCAUUGUUUGGUCAUCUGCACUAAAAGCAGUAAGAGCCUGUGACCGAAUAAAGACCACCUCUGAUCCAUCUGAAACUGAGAAAGUUCCCAAAUGAAAUGCCUGGCUUAAACAGACAGGAUAGAUAGGUUGGUAUUAAACCAUAUGAACUUUGAUACGGUUUCCAACAAGGCUGUGAAAUUUCCUGACAUGAAACCUAAGCUGAAGCAUCAGUCCACACUGGCUGUGUUCACAGACCAGUUUUGUAUGUUAAAUUUCUUUUUGUGUAAGACGUGGGAAUCGUUCUAUGAAAUACAACAGUGACGAGAGUUGACAGCAGACAACAAAACGAGCUGAUGAAAACUGGCAAGUUUCACCAGCUUUCUCACAGGGUAAGAUCGGAGUGAUCAAGCCCGUCUUAGGCCAAGUUAAGAUUUUCAAGAUUAAUAAACAAAACAAUAGUUUUGUCAGGUUUAAAGAAAAAGUUAGUAACUUUUUCAUCUUCAGACUCGUCCUUUUUAAGUUCAGAGAAAACAGUUUUCAUGUGCUGAACCAUUGUCCUGAAUUUGUUUCAAUUGCACAAAUAAAAGUCACGAUUUUAUUCACAAUAAAGACCUCAGAUUGUCAGUCAAAGAGCCCUGACCCCUCUCUCAAUAUGUGUGUUUUUCUCUGUGCAGAAACAGUGUAAGAACUGCAGCGGGGUUUUCUGUGUGAGCUGCGUGUCCAACGAGCUGCCGUUACCUUCCUCCAUCCUCCCAGAGACCGUGUGCUCCGCCUGCUACUCUCUGUUACUCCAACAAUACGCUACGACACCUCCGUGAAAAGGCAUUUUAUAGAAACCCUCAUCAAAGGUCACCUGGAAACCAGAGGCAUUGAAAACUGACACUGCAGAAAAAGCACUUUCUGACUUCAUGGGUUGAGACGUUGUUUGGGGAGCUGAUGGAGUCCUGCAGGUUCUGAACCUGACAAAUUGAAACGCAGUGUUGGAGCGUGUGUGCCAUAAAGAGCUGUUUGAUGCAGGUUUUCUUUUUAAAAAUACUCCUGUAGCUGAAACUUUUCCUUUCUUGCUGAAAGUUUGAAUGCUGAGCUGCUGCUGCUGUGGUGUUUCUUUUUAGUAAAAUGUGCGUUAUUUAAAAAGCUUGAAAAUGCACCAGGCCGGAGGUUUCAGACCUAAAAAAGACGCCUUGAAUCAUCUCAUGCAUUUAAAAACGGCCUUUGCAGCCUCCACUAAGUGGAUGAUGAACCAACUGAGAAUAUUUUAACCUCAGUUUUAAAAGAUAGAAAUAAGAAAACUGGAUUUUUUUCUCACAACCCUGAUGUUUUUAAGAGUUAUGCAGUGGGGAGUCAUAAACAUUCAAGAGUGCAUGCUCACACUUUAGAGCUAAAUGAGGCAUUUUAUUCAGGGUUACAAUGAGAGAAUCAAACAUCUGAAACACCUUUGACCAAAUACCCCAUGAUUGUAUGAUACUACGUUAGUGUCAGUGUUUUUGUUAGAGCUAUAUAUGCUGUUAAAAGCUUCUUUUUACUGCAAUAAACUAUUUAAUACCCUCUCAUUUAUAAUGCACCCAGUCUUACAAGACAGCUGUAAAAAUGUGAUUGAAUACCAGUAAAUAAAGCUGGACUCUAUUUAGUCUGCUAUUACAUAUUUGGACAUAUCUUCAGUCUUUGGUGUUUAGGCUGCAGGAGAAAGUUCACCAUUCUGUAGAAGCAGAUUUGGUCCUCUUUGACUGACAGACAGUCUUAAAGCUAGGCCAGUGGUUCUCAAGUCCAGUCCUCGAGCCCCCCGUACUGCAUGUUUUAGGUGUUUCCCUGCUCCAACACACCUGAUUCAAAUGAUCAGCUCGUUAUCAAGCUCUGGAAUGGCUUAAUAACGAGCUGAUUAUUUGAAUCAGGUGUGUUGGAGCAGGGAAACACCUAAAACAUGCAGUACGGGGGGCUCGAGGACUGGACUUGAGAACCACUGAGCUAGGCUAAGCUAACUGCCUGCAGGCUGUAGCUUCAAGUAUAAUGCACAGGUGUAAGAGUGGUUUACAAUGUUGGGUAUCCUGGGUUUAAUAUUUCUGUAAGAGUGGCUUUUUUGUUCUGCAUUAUUCAAGAGACAGGCUUAAAAAUCAUCCACUGUUUAAAGUUAACACUUGAUUAUAUCAGAAUUUCUGGUUUAUUAGCAGCAUUUAUUUCACUGAAUCAUCAGAGACCUCUCUUUUGGACAUUUGUACAUAUCCUAGCACUUUUACAAGCUCUGCUCUCAGCCUGCCUGGUUUGAAGUGUCAGUUCUAUCAUCAGCACAUUUUUAUUAAAGCUGUUUUUUAUGUUCCAUUGAUUUAUAUGAAGGAUUAGCUGAAGCUCUGUGUGAUAUUUAGAUGUUCUUGUUGAAGCUUGUUAGCACAUGAGAUGGAAUAUGCUUCUAAAAUCAAUAAACUUUUACUCAUUUUUU